GCCGCGGGCUCGCCGGCGGAGCAGCGCCCGAGCGGGAGGCAGAAGUUAACUUCCACCUGCCCUGAAGUCGCCGCUGCGCCGGCAGCAGGAGGCGGGGGCGGAGGCGGAGGCAGGCGGGGCAGCCGAGGACCCGGCUCUGGCAGGCUCCGAGGGUCCGGCCGAGUGUAAUUCCCCCCUAAUCCCCGCCACGGCGGCGCUUCCCUGGCCGAGCCAUGUCUGCGGCUUCCCCGCCAUGCCGAGCCUAGCGGGGAGCGGGAGGACUGGCGGCCGGGAGGCGCACAAAAUGAAGACCCUGAUGCGCCACGGGCUGGCCGUCUGCCUGGCGCUCACCACCAUGUGCACCAGCUUGUUGCUCAUGUACGGCGGCAUCGGCAUCGGCGGGGGCCACCCGGAGGCGCGGCGGCGGCAGCAGCAGGUGGCGGCGGUGCCCAGCCGCCCGCCGGAACGCGGCCAGCGCCACCCGGCUCUGCCCGUCGGGGCCGGCCUCCUGGAGGGCUACAUCAGCGUCCUGGAGCACAAGCCGUUAAAGAUGCACUGCAAGAGCUGCGCGCUGGUCACCAGCUCGGGCCACCUCCUGGGGAGCAGCCAAGGGGACAGAAUCGACGAGAGCGAGUGCGUCAUACGCAUGAACGAUGCCCCCACUCGGGGAUAUGGAAAAGACGUUGGGAACAAAACGAGCCUCCGAGUCAUUGCACACUCCAGCAUUCAGAGGAUUCUGAGAAAUCGCAACGAACUCUUAAACAUGAGCCAUGGUGCUGUGUUCAUCUUCUGGGGCCCGAGCAGCUACAUGAGGAGAGACGGCAAAGGCUUGGUGUACAAUAACCUGCAGCUGAUGAACCAGAUACUGCCUCAGUUAAAAGUGUAUAUGAUUUCUCGCCACAAGAUGCUUCAAUUUGAUGACCUUUUUAAACGGGAGACUGGAAAAGACAGGAAGAUAUCCAACACUUGGCUUAGCACGGGCUGGUUCACAAUGACUAUCGCAUUAGAGCUCUGUGACAGGAUAAAUGUUUAUGGCAUGGUGCCACCGGAUUUCUGCAGGGAUCCUAAUCAUCCUUCAGUACCUUAUCACUACUAUGAACCUCUGGGACCAGACGAGUGCACAAUGUACAUUUCCCACGAGCGGGGCCGCAAGGGCAGCCACCACCGCUUCAUCACCGAGAAACGCGUCUUCGAGAACUGGGCACGGACAUUCGACAUCCACUUCUUCCAGCCAGACUGGAAACCAGAACCGCUCACUGUAACCCACCCCGAGGUGAAACCACUGGCCUGAGGGAUGGAUGCACAAGCCCAGCCACAGUCACCUCCGUAGCAGCCUCUGGAUCUUGUGGGCCAGCACGGCAGCCUGGAGGAGAAGGGAACAGGGUCUGCAGCUGGCACCCGCAGCAGCGUCAGGAAGUUGGCAUGGACGAGCAGCACACACCAAGAGUACUUUCUGUUAAACUGUAUUAACCCAGUCUGACACCUUUUGGGGCCAUCUGACUUCCUGUGUGUGUUUGUGAUUCGUGAAACACAACCUGAGUGUCAUUAAGGGAUGGUUAAUUCAUUAUGGCUUUUUUAAGUACGAUGCCACUGAAUUUUCAUAGUGAAAACUUUCCAUAUUUAUUUAAUGGAGGUUUUUAUGCAACCUAGGCCAGUAUUUUUCUAAGUCACAGUUAUGUGGUUGUUUAUCUUUCAUAAUCUUUUAAAUCCAAAAUUAAUAUUGCUGAUGGUUUGAAAGGCCUAGCUUUUUAUUUAUAAAACUUGUUUGAAAUAUAUAAUUCUAUAUAGCAUGUUAUUAAUAUUUGAUUGGGAAACGUUGGAUUUCUUCUAAGAAUUUUGGGCUCUGUUCCAGCCUAAAGCCUUUAACAGCAAGAGUGGUCCCAUGUGCAGAUCCAGCUCACUUUACAUUCUGACAUCUUAUGUUAAUACGAAAAUGGUAGUGAAAAUUCUGUUUGAUAUUAAUGUGCAUUUGGUGCUGUGCUAUCCAGCUGCUGUUUUUUAAAUAGGGGUGGGAGGAAGGAGGGCAAACAAAAUUUAUCCAAAAAAAGGCAAACCCCCCACCGGCCAUGGCAGCAGCUUCUCACUGAAGACAAGCUAAGGCUGGAGGGGUUGUGUUCUGUUUUGGCUCUUGUAUUCCCGUAAGAGCCUGCCAGCAACCCUCCUGAGGCAACAGACUACAAACCAGGCCACAGCUGCUCAACACAAUCUGACCAAAUUUCCGGAAUGAAGAAGGUAAACCACCAGUACUACAGUACCAGUCAUAGUAGCCAGAAAGAUCACAGCACUGCACCUGCAAAAAUCUCUACCUUCCACUGUCCCAAGAUCAUCACUGAUCUCAGAGAUUCUGGAUCACACCAAAGCUGGGAUGUGAAAAGCGUUCCAUGAGUACAAAAUUGUCCUCCUGAAAGGAACAAAGUUAAACUCUGCUUUUUUUUCCCAUGGAGUACCUAUGUGUGCAUGGUGAGUCCCUGCAAGACAAAGGGGAAGGACAAUGCUCAUGCUGUGUAUGGAACCUCACAAUGGGAAUUACUGAGUUACAUGUGGCUUGUGAAUAAAGAAGAUUUCAGUUACAGUGUUACUUUCCCUUUUGCUUCACAAAUAUCAAAUCUCAAAUUUUUUCGAAGUAAUCAGUAACUAUUGCAUGAAACAUACCUCAGGUGAUGAAAGGUGUCUCAUUAGACAAGUGCAAAAGCUAGAACAAAGAUACUACCUUUAAACACCUAAAUCCAAGAAGCUGAACUUCAGAGGUGAGACACAGAACUGGGACCAAACACUCUCAUUUAAAUCCCCUUAUAACCCAUGGUCUUCCUCUUUCCAAAACUGGAUAGCAAUAGCUGCAGCUGCCCCAGAGAUACCCUGAUCCUCUGGGGACAAAGUGAACUGUCCUGGCAGGGGCAAACUGGUGUCACCUCUGUAACACUGCCUGGAACUGAAGUGCAAGUCUCCGAAAGCCACUGUCCUGCUGCAGCCCUGCCCACUAUCAAAAAGUAAGAAUCUAUAAUGUAUUUUGCCUUAAAAGCUUAAUUUUGGUGUUCUUCCUGGUACACACCACUCAGCUUACAAACUGAAUGCCAAGUGUGUGUUACCUUUCUCUUGUCAGCUGGUGUUUAACUCUCCUUUCACUGAUGGUGUUUUAUUCCCUCCACUUGAUUUCACUGCAUUCUAUAAAAAACAGAAUGGGUUUUGAACUAAUGGCAGUGUGAACAUCCCUUUCAACAUGUGUACUGGGGUGUAUCCAGCAUAUAUUGCUCCAAUUGAUGAAAUCUGUCAAACUGAUUUACAGAUCAUUUCUAAUGUGACUGCAAGACAUGGUACAGAUCACAGUAAGUCCUCUGCUACCAUCCCUGUUUUAUUACUGAUAAAAUAAUAAAAAGAUCUUGUCAUUUUAAACUAGAGCUCUUAGUUUUCCAUCAGUUAAGGGCUGCAAGAUGUGCAUGCUGUAUGUUUAGCUAUGUUAUUGUUAAAAUCAGAUCAUUUAAAGAUAGAGUACACCGGUCUACUUCUGUAGAAACACAGAGACUUGCCAGACCCCAUUGUGUUCCACAGGUUUGUUCCCUGUCUGCAAGACUGCUCAGUGUCAAGCAGAUAUGGGGAAGCAUUAAGAAUAUGAAGAAAUAUGGAAUAAACUGUAAGGACACUAAAUCUCCUAACAGAACCAAGCUAA